GCUUCGCACCUGACGCUUAUUCUGACGUCAUAUACGACAAAGUAUGCGCAUGCUCUUUCCACAACGAAACAGUCAACAUGGAGGAAAUUGGAAUCAUUGUAGAGAAAAACCAGGACGAGGUACCGAUACUGGUGAGCUCUCGACCUCAGACGGGCCUCUCGUUUUUAGCCCCGGAGCCAGAGGACUUGGAGGAUCUCUACACGCGCUAUAAGAAACUCCAGCAAGAGUUGGAAUUCCUGGAGGUCCAAGAAGAAUACAUUAAAGAUGAGCAGAAGAACCUCAAGAAGGAGUUCCUGCACGCGCAGGAGGAAGUAAAGAGAAUUCAGAGCAUCCCGCUGGUCAUUGGGCAGUUCCUGGAGGCCGUCGAUCAGAAUACAGCCAUCGUUGGCUCCACCACAGGUUCGAAUUACUACGUACGCAUCCUGAGCACCAUCGAUCGGGAGCUUCUGAAGCCCAAUGCGUCUGUGGCCCUCCACAAACACAGCAAUGCCCUGGUGGACGUGUUGCCCCCUGAAGCGGACAGCAGCAUCAUGAUGUUGACCUCCGACCAGAAGCCAGAUGUGAUGUACUCUGACAUAGGAGGGAUGGACAUCCAGAAACAAGAAGUCCGAGAAGCUGUGGAGCUUCCAUUGACUCACUUUGAACUCUACAAGCAGAUUGGAAUUGAUCCCCCACGAGGAGUGUUGAUGUACGGACCCCCUGGUUGUGGCAAAACAAUGCUGGCUAAAGCAGUUGCACAUCACACGACGGCGGCCUUCAUCAGGGUGGUCGGCUCGGAAUUUGUCCAGAAAUACCUGGGUGAAGGGCCUCGCAUGGUCCGAGAUGUCUUCAGACUGGCCAAAGAGAAUGCACCGGCCAUCAUCUUCAUCGAUGAGAUUGACGCUAUUGCCACUAAACGAUUCGACGCGCAGACAGGAGCUGACCGAGAAGUCCAGCGAAUACUUUUAGAGCUUCUCAAUCAGAUGGACGGCUUUGACCAAAACGUUAACGUAAAGGUUAUCAUGGCCACCAACCGAGCUGACACUCUGGACCCUGCACUGCUCAGACCGGGGCGACUGGACAGGAAAAUUGAGUUCCCACUUCCUGACCGACGCCAAAAGCGUUUAGUCUUCUCUACUAUCACGAGCAAGAUGAACCUGUCUGAGGAGGUCGAUCUGGAAGACUAUGUUGCUCGACCAGACAAAAUAUCGGGGGCGGACAUCAACUCCAUCUGCCAGGAGGCCGGCAUGCUGGCGGUCCGAGAGAACAGGUACAUCGUGCUGGCCAAAGACUUUGAGAAGGCCUACAAGACGGUCAUCAAGAAGGACGAGCAGGAGCACGAGUUCUACAAGUAGGCAGAGGCCGGCCAUGUUGUCCUUUGUUGUGCGCUCGCUCGUGUUGCCGUCUCUCUGCUGUCGUGUCUCAAAUAAAGAGAUUUGCUUUUCCACUGA